UUAAUUUUCAAUUCAAAGUUUAUCUUGUUAUUCACCCAUGGUCUUAUAUGAUAUUAACAAAUGAAGCAUGCUCAUUCUUCUCUACGAGUAUACGUAAAUGUACACCUGUACAUUCAAAUUUUGAUUUGAAAGUAUGGAAUGAUAGAUGAUUAAUUGUGAAGCUAAUAAAAAAUAUUAUCUUCAUAGGAAAUAAAAAAUAUCCAAACCAGUGGAGCUCAACAAACUCAAAACAAAUGUCUAAGUAGAUGUUGUUCAAAGAAUUGCAUGUCUAGCUACAAGCAGGGAAAGAAUGUUGUAAAGAUUCUACGAAAUGCACAAGAAUUACAAGAUGAGGGGGAAAAGUUGUUUGGCAAGGAUAUUAAAAUUACACAAAAGCAUCGAAUGAGGCCAAUUGAGUUGCCUUUAGAAGAGACGGUGGGCCUAGACUUGAUGUUUGAGAAGGUAUGGAAAAGUAUUGACGACAAAAAUGUUGGGGUCAUUGGUUUGCAUGGGAUGGGCGGGGUAGGUAAGACUACCUUGUUAAAGAAAAUUAAUAAUAAAUUUGGAAAGGAAUCACAGAUUUUUAUGUUAUGUGGAUGGUGGUAUCUAAAAGAUGUGUGUGUGAAAAUGCAUUCAGAAAGAAAAUUUGAAGUUAAAAUUCUAACAGAAAAAGAAGCGCUAGAGUUAUUUCAUAUGAAAGUUGGUGUGGAAACUCUGAACUCUAACCCUAGCAUUCCGAGGCUAGUGAUGGAGAUGGCUAGAGAAUGCAAAGAGCUACCACUUGCACUAGCUGUGGUAGGAAGUGCCAUGGCUGGGGUGGAGAGUGUGGAAGCUUGGGAACACUCAAAGAAUAACUUAAGGAGUUCUUCAUAUACAGCAUCAGGUUUGGAGACGAAAGUGUUUUCCAUCCUCAAGUUUGGCUAUGAUCAAUUACCAGAUGAAACACACAAAAAUUGUUUCUUAUAUUGUGCAUUGUACCCGGAGGAUUAUGAGAUUAUGGUGUACGAUUUCAUUGAUAAAUGGAUAAGGGAGGGAUUUCUUUAUACGGAUAGCCCAAGAAAUGUACGAGAAAUGUGUGGCUAUGGUGGAUCUAUAAUUGAGAAGUUGAAGCUUUCAUGCUUGUUGGAAAGUGUUGAAGAUGAAAUCUUUUUGGAGUGUACAAUUAAAAUGCAUGAUGUCAUUCAUGACAUGGCAUUAUGGAUAGCAUGUGAUCAAGAUGGAAGCAAAAUGAAGGUUAUGGUACAAGAAGAUGCAUGGGCAUUAUCUCAAGCUAAUGCUGAAAAAGGGGAAAUGGUUGAAAGGAUAUUAAUCAUGAAAGAUAUUGGAUCACAAAUACCAAUCAUGGCUUGGCGGAAUCUCAUGACAUUAUGUUUGAAUGUUGAAUAUAAUCAUGGUGCAAUAACUGGAUUACAAAAUAUCCAACACUCAAGUAGAUUAAAAGUCUUGGAACUAAGAGGAGUGCCAAAUGUACCUGCAGAAAUUGGUGGCUUAAUUCAUUUGGAAUACUUGUCAUUACAGGUAGUAGAAUUACAAAAAGUAUCAUAAUUCUCAAG